GUAUAUAGUCUUACCCUGUCCGCAGUCUGGUGUACUCCACUGGGUCAGAACACAGCAAUGGCUUCUGUCGCAUACUUGUUCCUAGCUAUCUUAGCUGUUGCUUCGGCAGCACCAGAGGGCCGGAUCGUGGGAGGUGAACAUGUGACGAUCCAGGAGUUCCCCUACGCAGUCGCGUACACCUACCUGUACCCUGGACCUGGCAUCACUGUGCAGCGCUGUGUCGGCAGUUUGAUCUCCUCCUUCCAUGUCCUCACUUCCGCCUUCUGUUUCACUGGCGCCAAUUUGGAUAACAUGAGAAUUCGUGCGGGCUCUACGAACAGUCUCUCUGGCGGAACAGUGGUGGAAAUCGACCACGUUGUGAAGAACCCUGGCUACGUAGAAACUCCUCGAGCGCAUGAUAUUGCAGUGACCUUCCUGAAAACUCCACUUGGCAUUAGCAACGUCAUUAAUGUCCUGUUCUUGCCUCCCCCCAACUCUUACAUUGCUGACGGUCAAUCUGUUAAGGUUGUAAGCUGGGGAUUCGAAUCUGAGAGCGGACCUCAACUAGAAACCCUGAAGACCGUGUUCCUGAACAAGCUCAGUCUUGCUGACUGCCAGGCAGUGUAUGGAGACACAGACAGCGUUGAAAUUUCUGAUGCCGUGAUCUGCGCAGCUGCGGCCGGUAAGGGUAUGUGCUUGGGCGACUCUGGUGCACCCAUGGUGAUCAAUAACGCUGUCGUAGGAUCCUCAUCUUUCUUCAAGGGUUGCCUUGAUGACGAGUUCCCGGAUAUCUUCACCAGGGUCGACAGAUACACCAACUGGAUCCUAGAGGUGGCUGCAUCUGGUGGCCGCAAGGCUGAGAUAAGGGUAGCCUCUAGCUUGUAAAGUUUGCAAGAUUACUAACCAAUUAAGUCUGAUAAAAAGUCAACUGUGUUUUGGAAAUUAUUACUUUUAAAAGUAUCAAAAUUACGUGAUCUGGUUUUACUUACCUAUAGCUGUAUAUUAGCAGCAUGUAUACUUUUAAGCAAUAUGAAUUAUAUAUUUUAAGAA